UUAGAUGAAAGACAUGAAAGACACUUCACUUGUUCGUCAUAAAUAAUAACAGGCCAUCGUUUUCGCAUUUUAUUCCGCAAAAAAGUAAUGGUUUAUCCUUGGCAGAUAAUCUGCUGGUGCUAGGGACUGCAGCUUCAGCCAUGGAGUGUAUUCAUAACAUGACAUUCUCGGGGUCGGAGACAUGAGUGACAGUCUCAGAAGAAUGGAUUCUAUCACAGGGCUUUUUAAUCAGCUGCUUGAUGCCUGCAUCAAUAAAGGACUGUUACAUCCCCAGCUUAACGUGCCCAAUACCAGACUAGACAAACACCGAAGGGCUCUAUGGGUAUCUCUGUAUUCAACUCUCUUUGCCAACUUGAAUGGUCCCCUGCAAAGUGACAAUAAAGAUGUCAUAUCCACUGAGGAUUGGAAUGAUGUCGGCAAUGAGGGCAUGUCCAUUGGUGUGAAGGAGCGUCUACUUCAAGUUGUCUUUGAGAGGAGGCGACAGAGGAAGUGUGAUGAAGCACAUCAACUGGAGGGGCUAGUGUCAUCGUUACCAAAUGUGGACAAUGGUCAUCACCCUGAGUUGAAAGCUGCCCUCCAGCUAUUGCUUGCAUUGGCUGGUAGUGAUUGCAACCAUCAUCAGAAACCACCUGUGGGACACAAGGAGCCAAGUCUGCCAGUAGUUGGGUUAAAGAACAAGGAUGAACAUGCUGUCGUUUUACCCUCUGGACCACGUUACCAUGGCGACAGCUGCCAUGUUUAUCACCAAGGCUACCAGGGCUACAUUCACUAUUCCAGGGAUCUCUUUGAGGGUCAGCAAUUAGAAGCUGUUCAGUCAGAUGACCAAGGAGAGCUGAGAAAUUACAGGAUGCUCCAAAAUAAGCUCUUUGAAGCAGAACCUGGAAGAGACCUACUUGGCAACGGACUUUUCACAUUAAAGGGUCUUCUAGACAGUGAACAUGAACGUAACACAAGGGAGACCCUAUUCAGUGGACUGACUCACAGCAAAACCAGACAGCUGGAUGUCAAGUUAGAUUUCCCUGAGCUUCCUGAUACCACUAACAUGGACUUGCUUGGCCUCAAGAUACCAAAUGUCUCUGAGCCUUCUGAGGACGAAGGCUUUCAUGAGUCAUCAUCCCUGUCUACACCAGCAACAGAGACACCAGUGACAAGAGAUGAUAAUGUCUGGCAGAAGGCAUUGGACUAUCAACCCAACCAACACCACACAUGGGAGACCAUUGGCAACAAACCUAGGACUACUGAAAGGCCAUACCUAACAGAAGCUGGGUCUAGAAUGUUUGAUGAAAUGUAUAAACUUCGAUGCCUAGAGGCUUCGGUCUUAGAUGCAUCACUGGAACGCCCUCUCUUGAUCAUUCCCGACCAAGUUCAGCUUGUCCAAGACAGCGUACAUGUGCUUUUGAGCGUGCCAUCAGAAACAUUUAGACUGGACAAGGAAGCCCAGUGUUUUGUCAUCAACCCUGAUGUGUGUUUGACGGGAACUACCCCUGGUAGCUUCAACCAACUACUGACAGAACUCGCCCAGGCUGGCACAGAUCACUGCAGACUAUCUAGUUUUGCCCAGCAGAGGGUGCUUGACUCUACCUACACUGGUGGUCUGGUGCUGCAGGCAUUUACUAGUGGCAUUAGGAGGUUUCUACAGUACUACCAAGCUGCAAUAAUGAGGAGGCCCUCUAGUGAUGGGAAGGUGACAGUGAUGACAAUCAAAGCUAUGUAUGGCAAGAUGAUACAACAGUUGAGGUACCUUGCUGAUCUGUGUGGCUGCAAUCACCCUCUCAUUACCAAGCCAGGAGAUCCAAGAGACACUUUUCCUCUUGGUAUCAAGCUGCUUUCCUACCUGUAUGAAGAGGCUCUGGACUGUAGUCUCCAGGACAGAUACCAGCUGGUUUUAUCGCUACUUCGAAGUAGCUGUGGACCUUACUUGAUGUUUAUCCAAGACUGGGUGUUUAAUGGAAUCUGUCGUGAUGUCUUUGGGGAGUUCCUGAUAUCUGUUAGUGAUGAAUACCUUCACUACAGAGAUAAGCAUUACUGGACACAAGGAUUUGUCAUGAAGUCGGACAGUGCUGAGGAGAAUGUCCCCCUGUUUUUGAAGGAUCUGGCGUAUGACAUCUAUGUCUGUGGAAAGUCGUUGAAUUUAUUGCGUCUCUGUUGUCCAGAGCAUUUUCUGUGCAAUCCUGGGGUUUCUAUUCCAAGGAUUAGUUUGACUUUCUCCACAGAAGAGUUAGACAACUCAGCCAAGAGAACGGCAGUCUACAUUGGUCAUAUGCAAGCACUGGCCAGACAGAAAACCAUCUCAAGGCAAGAACAGGAGCUGAUGGAAUCAGAAGCAAGACAGGCAUUAAUCAGUCAAGCAAGACAGGCAGCAUCAGAAGAGCUGAAACGACUCCAAGAUGCAAUUCAAGAACGGAGAAUGGUAGAAGAUGCCAAGAAGAGACAAGAAUUCCAGCAACUUAAGGACCAAAUGCAGAGGGAUCUUGUGCGUCGUGCACUCACAGAAGAGGCAGAGAGACAGGAGGAUAUUGAAAGGAUGGAUGCACUGACCAAAAGGGAAGAAGGCGAAGCAAGGGCUCAAUAUGAAGUAGAACAGAAAGUGAGGGAGGAGAUGAUUGAGUACUAUGCUCAACUAACUGAAGAAGCAGCUGCUAGAGAGCGCAAAGCCCUGUGGCGUGUCAGUCGACAUCAGCUGGAUCAAGCACGUUUGAAAUUCAUGGUUCAAGAAGAAAUGAAAAUCAGAGAAGAACUUGCCAACAAGCAGUCAACCAUGACCCCUCUCGAUAUCCCAGACAAUGAGUCUAAAGGGGGAUCAGGGGUCGGUGAGAGCUCAAAGGGAACCACGGUCGCCUCUGCAGACAGGAUUCUGAUAGAAAGUGGAGCAAGACAAGACCUUGAAACACUUCAUUCAGUGAAUCUUCCCACUGGUAGUAGUAAUGAAGCUGGAGCAUCAAAGAUGCGAACCCACACGGUUCCUCCAUAUGUAGCCACUCAGGAAGCAAGCCAAGAGCCUAACCUUCCACAGGCAGACCUACUAACGGGGGAUGCACCUAGUGGGCUGAUCCCCAUUGGAACUCAUGUGGAAAAAACUGAUGGACUCCCUAAUGAAGACAUUGAAGGCACACUUCAGAUGAUUGGUCAGAGUAGUGGUGAUGAUAGAUCAAUGGGAACAAACCCAACAAGGGUAGAGGCGACACCAAACCUUAUGGAUCUAUCCAUUCAAGACUUUCUCCCUAGGGAGCCCAUUGAGGAUGAUGGCCUUGAGAUGGCAUCUUCAAACGAUGCAGAUGUUGAGGAUGUUCUGAUCCAGAUUGGAUCUAGUCUGCCAUCUAAGGUACCAAACCAGGAGUUGUCCUCACAGCAUCCACCUGCUAUCAAUGUAGUUGAUGAAAUGCUGGGACUCCCAUCUUUUGUGGAUCCUGCAUUACCUGCAACAUCACAAGCACAUCCCUCAGACUCAGUUGCUGGAGAUAUCAUAUAUUCCUCUGUCACAGGGCAUUCUGCACCUACUUUCUUGAGCACUCGCGGGGGACCUGCUGAUUCACGUUACAGAGUAGGUUAUGAGUCAACAGAAGGGGAAAUGAGGCCAGUUAUCAAAAGCAGUCACAGACAUGCUGGGGACUCGUCAUUAGGUGACAUCCUGUAUCCCACAGAUAAAAAGACCCAGCCUCCUGGUAUCUGUGCUGUUACAGAGGACUCUUCAUCACAGGAAAAUCUCAAACAAGAGAGCACCUCAACAGGUCAUAUUGGUCCCUCUGGCUCCAGAAUUGCACCCCUCCCUACUGUUUCAGUGGAACAAUCCUCAUCAGCAGCCUCAGCCAAAGACAGCAAGACAUCUUAUUCAUUUUCACAGGGAAACCAGUCAGGCAGGGAAGGCAGAGUGAAAAGGAAAAGUGCAUUUGGACAUGCUGGGGAUUCCACCCUUGGUGAUGUGUUGUACCCAUCAGCCACCCACAGGCAAGUUUCAGAUUUACUGAGCAAGAACUUGGACUCUGUGAUGGUAAAGCCUGAUAGCCAAUCAGCCAGCAUCGAUCAUGACACAAGUUCACGUGUCACUCAAUUUGUGACACAAGUCGGUGCAGUUUUCAAACUGCCAGUUGGCCAUGCCUCAGAUUCCACAAUACAGACCUUGCUUCACCCUCAUGAUCAGCAGACAGUGGAUGUCAAAAGGCAGCCAGACAGGACAAGUCUUGUAGCUGUACAUCACAGCCAGCACCCCUCAGACUCCACAGCACAGAAUGUCAUAUAUGGUAGGGGAAGGCUUGAUGAGCAGAGGGGGGCAGAGAUGGAAAAACAAACAGUUGAUAACACAGACAGUGAUCAUUCCAUGGCACAGCAAGCGGUCGUUGUCUGGACAGGCCAAGGGGUGGAACUGUUUCAAGAUAACUUUGAAGCCCUUGACAAGCCUCCGAUGCCAGACCUUUUAUCCAACAUUGGAUUCAUGCCACUGACAACAGAGAUUGGUGACUAUGGCUUACAAGCUGCCGAGAGUGAAAGCAUUGAUGCUGUUGAGUUGCAGUCAUUACCUAUCAUCAUGAAGAGAUCAGUCACUUCCCCACUCUUGGCCCAAAUCAGUUUGGUCAAUCAAAGUAUUCUGGACUACUUCAUGGUGGAGCUGAAAAUUGGUCAACACUUCAAAUCCAUUCGGAGUUUCUUGUUUCUGGAAGAUGGCGAGUUUGGCCAAUCACUUUGUGACCAGUUGUUUGACAAGCUGUCUCAGGGUAUGAGACCCAAUGAGCUGCUGACACCCAUCGUCUUGAACCAAGUCCUUGCUAGAGCCAUCCAGAACUCAGCCAACAGAGAGUCUCAGUAUACCAAUAACCUAGGCUUCAGCCUGAAAUACCUCCCUCACCACUUCAAACCAAAUGCUAUUGAUACAUUUGAUUGCUUGGAGCUACGAUACAGGGUUGAUUGGCCUUGUAACAUCGUCAUUACUGACACCUGUCUAGCCAAGUACAAUCGCGUCUUCUCCUUCUUGCUGCAACUGAAGCGUAUCUCAUGGGUCCUAAGGGAUAUUUACUUCCAGCUCAAGAGAAGUGCCAUGGUUAGUCAUGCUGAUAACUCACCACAGUUUCGGCAACUGCAGCUUUUCAGACAUGAGAUGCAGCACUUUGUAAAUGUCAUGCAGGGUUAUGUGGCAAAUCAAGUCAUUCAUGUAUCGUGGGAGGAGUUCCAAAGGCAACUUAAAACUGAGGUGUAUAAUCUUGAUGACCUUCACCAAAAACAUGCCGAGUAUCUCAACAAGGCAGUCUUCAGGUGUCUCUUAAACAAGAAAGCUGCACCUGUCAUGAAGAUCAUCUCGGACAUCUUGUGUUUGAUCCUCAAAGUCCGCACGCAGCUGGUUGCCACCGCCUGGGUAUACAACAAGGAGACAAAGCAAGCCUCACAUCCAGGCUUCCACACCAUCAAGAUGUCAUACCUGGCCUUCAAGGAUUACUCUGAAUUCCUUUACAAAGUGGUUGCCAAGCUGGUCACCCGUGGAUACCAACCUCACUUGGAGGAAUUUAUGCUGAGGCUCAACUUCAAUGACUUUUACAAAGACUCUUAGUUCUUCAAAUGAAGGAUAUCUCAUUGUAAUCUUAACCCUAACAAAGCCAUUGGCCCCCCUCUCACGCUUUUUUUAUAUGUCGUUGCAAUAUUAUUCCAAGUCUGCUGGAGUUUUUUCCACCGUCCUGUGGUCAUUUUGACACUGAUUUGUAUAAAAAUCAAAUCAUAUACUUUCCCAAAAUGCCCAUUAGUUUCAAUUCACAUGGGCUAACAUGUGAUCGAGAACUUGAACUUGGCCAUAACUGAAAUUUCACAACUGUUCUCAUAAUGAAUAUCUUUACAUGCAUGUCAAGUUUCAAAAUGGUUGGUAAAUGAGAUGGCCGAGUCAUUGGAGGUGGAAUCCCCCCCUCCAAGCUGAAGAAGGUCUGGGGGAAAAAAAUCUUGUAAGGGUUAAUAAUUACCAACUGAAGUUGAACACAGAAUUCUCAGCCAGUUUAACAAAUUUUCCACAAUAAAUGAACAAAACUUAUGUAUUUGAUUUUUUUAUACAGUUUGAUAUAAAAUUUGAGGGAAAAUUGUUUGAAACUGUUGUUUAGUGGUAGACAAAAAAAGUAUUUUGCAUAACAUACACAGCUAUGCAUCUACAUUGCAGUUUAGGCAAACAUGUCACAAUAAAGAGUGUCUUGUACUGCAACCACAUUGACAACCUGUAGAAUCAAACUAAGCUUGUUGCUGUAAGGGGGACAAAUCUUUUGAAACACUUGGGAAGGAGUGAGUCUCCAUUGCCCAAUCAACUCUGCCCUUGAUUGUUGGCUUCAAAAUGUGCAUCUACAGUGAACUGGAGGGCCAUUGAAUAACUGGCAUUUCCAUAUUUUGAAAUAAACAGAAAUGUAUAAAUCAUUUUGGAUUGGAACUGCCACUGUCCAUGCCACCAGACGACCACAUUCAAAGUAUCAAACAGAACUUGUCAAUGCAGAAUGGAAGAGUCAAGUUUUGUUCCAAGUGGAGGAAAAAGCUAGUACGCCAACUUGAUAAUAGUUUUGUAGAAUGAGACAUCAGAAUUCUGCUUGCACUUUUUGAAAAACUCAUUUUUGUUUGUAGCAGUGGUACAUUUUUCCAUUUUAGCCUGGAGUUGCCUAGCUAUCAGGUUGAAAGUUGAAUUAAAUUAUGUAUAAGAGCUUGCAGGCCUUUGUCCCUUUUCCAGAGAUAGGUACAAUGAUCAAAACAAAGCUUUGCAAAAUCUUUAGGAUUUGUUCUCAUUUUUCUUAUUGUAUCGGACAGCAGAGAGGGAACUAAAAACAUGCCUUAUAAAAAUGUUAUCUGGCUAGUAGUUAUUCACCAAGGAUCCAGUUUAAUUUCAUUUUACAUACAUGUGUAGAAUGCAUGUUUAACAAAGAAAUUUGAUUUAGCUUCAGUUUUAAAAAAGGGGGUCAGGAAACAGAUUGGGGGAGGAAACCAUCCAUUAAUACACGUAGGAUGGGUUACUCUAUUAUCACGGUAGUUACCACAUUUCCCAAUCGAAAUAAAGUUUGCUCCGUCAUCACCUUCCUGAAUUAUCUUAUCCUUGCUAUUGUUUAACUCAUACUUUUUAACUUAAUUCAUAAAAUUUUGCAUGUGGUUCAAUUCAUUUUCCUGUAUGAUAGCUCAGAAAAUCUGUGUGCACCAUGUGUACGCAGAGGUGGAGUCUCUAUUAUCGCAUUUCGAGAAAUGGUUUCUAUGAUGGCCUUUAAAGCACUUUGUUACAAAGAAUGGAGAAAAAUAAAAAUGAUUUUGUUUUCAGAGGAAAGAAAAUAGUCUCAUUUUAUAAAAAUGUGCUUUUUCACCUUUAAGUGACUCCAUUUUUUCCAGUCAUCUCUUUCAAGAUGCUAUACGCCGACAGAACGAGAUCGGAACAAUUGCACUGCGUCACCUUACACUAUUAAUCCAGCAAGGAAUAACUUCACUUUUUUUCACCAAAACAUUUUUACCCCAACCUUAUGAUCCAGCAACAACUUUGACAUUCAUCUUAUUACUUACAUUGGUUUUUUUGCCCAAGGAAUAAUAAAUACAUGUAUAUGGGUAUCGUAACUUUUUUUGGUGGACUCAUUCUUUCGAUGUCUGAAACAAUCAUUAAAAAUGUCUGCUUUUUGAGUUCCAAUUUCCCAAAAGUUAUAACCAUGUCAUUAGACUUAAACUGUUUCAUCCAACAUUUAUGUUAGAAAUUCUAAAUAUCUGUUGCAAAUUUUUUAAAUUGUAUAGGAAAAGCAAAAAGAAUCAGACAUUAAUGCCAAUGUAAUUAUUCAUUAUUAGUUGCCCUGAAGGGUAAAAGUGAUUUAUACAACUGUAUUGUAAUGGAGAUUGGGGCCAUUUAUGUCCUACUUCCGAAACACACUGGGGAUAUUUGACGAAAUCAGAUUGGUGAAAGGAAAUGGAUACACACAU